UUCGAAGAAAGAAGUCAACAUGAAGGUGCUCCGCCCUCAGCACAGUGACGUCAUGGCCACGCCCACUGACUGUUUUGCAACAAGCAGGACAAAAAGUCACUUUUUUCUCCGCCACAACAUUCCUGCUUCUUUUUCUUUUUCAAACAUGCAUCCAUGCUGGCCCAGGCGUGCAGCAGUGCUGCUGCUGCUGGUGUGCACCUCCGCGGACACGUCACCUCCAGCUGAGGUCUUCCUAAACAAUGGGUCUCUGUUUGCGGCCUGUAAGAUGAGACCCAGCUCCUCGCUGGCCCAGGGUUUGCCCAAAGUCUACGGCCAGGUCCUCUUCAAGCAGGAUUACCCCCAGGGGAAGCUCAAAGUCCUCCUCCGCUUCAACGGCUUCCCCGAGGGCAGCGAGCCCCGGGCCGUGCACGUCCACCAGUAUGGAGACCUGCAGCGCGGGUGCGAGUCCACGGGGGGACACUACAACCCUGGGGGGGUUCCUCACCCCAACCACCCGGGAGACUUUGGACACUUUGUGCCCCAGCAGGGCAGAAUCUCUGCCACGUUCGAGUCUGAAGCCACACUGUUCGGGGCUGUGUCUGUGCUGGGGAGAUCAGUGGUGGUCCAUGAGCGGAGGGACGACUUUGGACGGGGGGGGGACGCAGGAAGUCUGCAGCACGGGAACGCGGGGCGUAGGCUGGGCUGCUGUGUUAUUGGCAUGAGCACACCCCAGCAAUGGAACGUGAACUUCCAGCAGAUCAGCAGGCGCAGAGUUUAACUAUUAUUCAGAGACACCUUCUCAAAGUGAAAGUGAUCCUGUGUGAAAAGUACACUCAGUGCAUGAAGUGCCACUUUGCUACAUGAAAUAUAUUCACCUGCAGCGUGGAGUUCAAGUAUGACCAAGUUUGGAAUAAAUUACAUAACAAUAGAUAGCAUGUGAGUUUGCCUUUAAUAGUCCACUAAUGUAGAUUUGUUUAAAUAUCGACCUUGUAAAUGUUUAAAUCUUG